UUCUUCUAUGUCAGCUCAAGAUAAAAAGCAGGAAAUAAUAUUUGGAGACCCUCCAAACAAUAAAAAAGUUUUGUCAGUUGCUGCCGACUGUUUUCAACAGGACUCAAAUAAUUAUGCUGAUACUUCUGGACGUUCUAGACUACAAUUAACAGUUCCUGGGGCUGUAAUUAGUUCUGCGAAAGGUUUAAUGCGUGGUCACGGCACUUAUUUGGAAGGAGAAUCUCUGCUUUCUUCUCUAGCUGGAGUUGUUAUGCAAACUAACAAGUUAAUACGUGUAAAACCUGUUAAAUCCAGGUAUCAAGGCGAAAUUGGUGAUGUAAUUGUUGGAAGAAUUGUAGAUGUUCAACAAAAACGUUGGAGAGUCGAUAUAAAUGCCAGAGUGCACAGCAUUCUCCAAUUAACUAGUGUAAAUUUACCUGGCGGUGAAUUGAGAAGAAAAUCGAUAGAAGACGAAUUUAUGAUGAGGGAAUAUUUGAAGGAAGGAGAUUUAGUUAGUGCUGAGAUACAACAAACUUUUCAUGAUGGAGCUUUGUCUCUCCACACCAGAAGUCUUAAAUAUGGAAAAUUAGGCCAAGGAAUUUUGGUACGAGUCUUUCCACAUUUGGUACGAAAACGAAAAACACAUUUUCACAAUUUACCUUUUGGUGCCUCAGUUAUUUUGGGAUGCAACGGAAAUAUUUGGAUUUCUCGUUUGAAAGGUGUAGAUGAACAAGGAACAGGUGGUUAUGUAGAUGAUACAGAAUUAGUUCCUUUUGUAACAAGGGAAAUUAUAGCUAGAACUGCAAAUUGUAUUAAAUUAUUAUCAAGAAAUUCAAUUCCUCUUUAUGACACAACAAUAAUAUUUGCAUAUAAUGCCUCAACUCAAUAUAAAAUUAAAGAUUUGUUACAAACAUCGAUAGCAGAUGAAGUAGCAAGUUUAGUAAUUCAACAAUGUGAAAUGAGUAUAGACGAAGAUGAAUUGGCUCCAUUACAAAUUUAA